GUAUUCAACUAUUUCCUGUGGGAGUCACGAUCAAGAGCCACACACACACCAGUGAAAAUCCAUCAAAGUUUUGUGUGUUGCUAUUUAGCCCCCCUUCCAAAGAGCUGCUGGCUGGGCUGGACUGGACUGGACUGGGGGGUUAGAUUGUUAAUUGUUAGAUUGUUAUAUUAAAUAUCUUUUGCCGGUGUUGGAGAAAAACAAGAUUCAAUUUUUUGAUACAAAUUACCCCCCUCCCUCCCUAAUCUUUUACUUAACGCAGUAUUGUUAAUCAUGUUCUUUAGCGUUUAUGUAGGUGCUGAACUGUGCUAACCAUUGUUUUUUCUACUAUAUUUCUCUCUUAUAACAAAAAACAAGAAAAUUAGUUUUUUGGUUUAGCUCUUUUUUCGGUAGAGUCGAUUUGUCAUUGCUCCUCCUCCUUCCAUACCGAAAUAAUGAUUGUUAUUAUUAUUACUCUUACUAACUAUAUUAUACCUUUCAUCUUCUUCCUUCUUUUCUUUUCUUUUUUUGACGAUUAUAAUUCAGCUGUGAUACACAAUCCAUGAAUGAUGAUCAAUCCCGUCAUAUUUUUCUUUUCUUUCCCCCUGUGAUUUGUUUUUAUUGUAAUUAUUAUUCCGGAUCGGAAUAAUAAUCUCAUCUGUCGCCAGUCUCACGGCUCCUAUUAUUCAAGACAGUGACCGACGAGUGUGUGUAUCUGCAUCCUCGUCUUUCUUUCUCCCGAUACACGAUAAGAAGGAUAGGGAAUAUCCAGCGUCUACCCCACAAACAGUUUCAUUCGUGUGUAAUCACGUCGUCGCCGUGUAUGUGGGAAAAGAGAACGAAGUAAAGAAUAGGGCAAAGAGUGGGAUUUGUUUGCCUUGCAAUAUAACGGGGUAUACGGUUUGUACAUUUUGUGUCGAGUUUCUUUGAGUUGUUUCCCCAUUGCCAGCGGAUAGAAUAGAUGUAUAUGUAUGUAGACUAUACUAGCUAUAUCCCCGGCUGUAUUAUACAUCAAUGCAUACUCAAAUAGAGUAUGUCGUGUAUAGUUUAGCCGAGGAUGUGAACGUGACAUCUUUUCAGGGUCCCGGUUCCUUUUUAUUUCUUUUUCUUUUCUGUUCGCCGCGGCUCACAAUGAGACGCGUGUCUCAUCAACCCCCCAGCCAAAAGGGACCCCAAGUAGCUCUCAGAGAGAGAGAAACUUGUUAGUAGCGAUCAUCACAUGCGAUCACGGCGACGUUUCCUUUUUUGUUAUGUUUUUUAACAGGAAAGAUCCCGAAAGGCGUCAAAAACGAGUAGAACAAUGUUCGUUAUAAUGUCGCACGUUGAUUUAUAGUCGGCAAUUUCAUUUCAAAGGGAUUGAAGAGCGAAUUUCAAAUUAGAAACAUGUCAGAAAGGUCUGUGCAGUCGAGCCGAUCCGCCAUGUUGGCUAUUAAAUAGCCCCCGACGACGAGAUGGAGGACGAUAAAAUUGCAUCAGAUUUUGCCCAGUCAGCAACAACGAGACGAGCUUCAUCAUCAAGAAAGAAUCGAGAAGAAUCAAAAUGCAUCCGGAUGACGUGGUAAUUAUGCGACGGGCGACCGAAGUGGCUGCCAAUUUCUUAUCCAACUUCAUUUUGUCGCGAGUGGAAGAUGAGCAGAAACGCCGGGAUUUCGUCGUCUGCUUGGAGCAAUUGCUGGCCAGUCGUUUGGAACAUCAUUGGUAUCCGGAGCAUCCGAGCCGAGGGCAAGCUUACCGCUGCAUCCGACUCAAUCCAUCCAGCGGUCGAGAAGCUCUGAUUGAGACGGCCGUCAUCGUGGCCGGUCUGACUAACGCCGACAUUCAACUGCCCUUGGAACUGACCGUCUGGAUCGAUCCCGACAGCGUGGCCUACCGAUUCGGCGAGAAUGACGGAUCGCAUUGUACUCUGCUAUCCUUCGAGGAUCAAUUCGAGCCUUUGAAUAAUACGACGACGACGACGACGACUCUUCAAACACCAAUAAAAGGAGACCGAAAAGGUGUCCCUUGUCAGAUUAAUUUCCAGCUGGGUUGUUGUGCUCCAUGUCCGGCAUUGUCUCAUAGUACAAGUUAUAUCGAGCAAUUUAGAUGCCAGGGCUGAUUGAUCUCGUCCGCUUUGUCUGAGAUUUUCAUACGACAGCACAAUAAUAUGUGUAUGUAUAUCUUUUCCCUGUGUAAGUUGAGGCUCAAAAGCCAAAUUUGUCAAUAUUCUUUAUCGCUUGCACAAGAACUGCCACAAAUAAAAUUUCCAGUA